GUCCCAUCCAUUCAACUUGAGAAUUCCGAUUUCUUGUUCUGGGUUUCGAUUCUUUUCAUCUGGCUGCUCAAGCUUUCCCAAUUCCCAUGUUCCUUCUUCAUUCCAACUGACAAUUGAUUUUUGUUGCAUUUGAUUGGUUUUGGUGCUUUGGGCACCCGUUUUUCCUGAUGCCUGCUGCUGCUUGGUACCAGUUUGGUAUCAGCGCCUAUUUCUGUCGAAAUUCCAGGGUUUUGCACCCCAAAGUGGAAUUCUCAAACUUUAAUUUUCCUGCCAAUGGGGAGUUUUCAAGGGUGAGCUUAUGCCCAAAUUCUGCUUCCUCCAGUAUUUCCAAGGGAUGUGUCAGUCAAAUAAGUUCUCUACCUGAUGUUGGCGAUUUCUUCUGGGAGAAAGUUCCAACACCCAUACUUGAUCUAGUUGAAAACCCCAUUUACUUGAAAAACUUGUCUCCAAAGGAACUGAAACAAUUAGCUGAUGAAGUCCGUUCAGAAUUGUCUUUUCUAAUGUCUAAAACUAAAAAACCUUUAAAAGCCAGUUUAGCAGCUGUCGAGUUGACAAUUGCAAUACAUCAUGUUUUUCAUGCCCCUGUCGACAAGAUAUUGUGGGAUGCGGGGGAACAGACAUAUGCACAUAAGAUUCUGACAGGACGGCGGUUCCUCAUGCAUACGCUAAGACAAAAGAAUGGCCUUUCAGGUUUCACAUCUCGCUCUGAGAGUGAAUUUGACCCAUUUGGUGCAGGGCAUGGAUGUAACAGUAUUUCUGCUGGACUUGGAAUGGCAGCUGCACGGGAUAUUAAAGGGAAGCGAGAUCGUGUAGUUGCUGUCCUCAGCAAUUGGACAACCAUGACUGGUCAGGUCUAUGAGGCAAUGAACAAUGCAGGUUAUCUGGACUCAAAUAUGGUUGUGAUACUAAACGAUAGUCGCCACACCUUACACCCAAAGCUUGAGGAGAAUCUUAAGACACCGAUAAAUGCUCUAUCCAGUACUCUAAGCAAGCUGCAGUCAAGUAAGACCUUCCGGAAAUUUAGAGAGGUCGCUAAGGGUUUUACAAAGAAAAUUGGUAGAGGUAUGCAUGAAUGGGCAGCCAAGGUUGAUGAGUUUGUACGUGGUAUGAUUGGUCCACCAGGAUCAACUCUGUUUGAAGAACUAGGGUUGUAUUACAUUGGCCCGGUUGAUGGACACAACAUUGAUGAUCUUUUAUGUGUCCUAAAUGAAGUGGCUUCCUUGGAUUCAAUGGGUCCUGUCUUGGUUCACGUGAUAACAAAGGAAGAUCAGGAUGUAGAAAAUAGCAAAAAGAAUGUGAUACUAAAUGAAUAUAAUGAAGCAGGUGCAAGUAACUCUGACUCCUUAUCAUGUAGUACUCGCCCUCGAACAUAUAGUGAUUGCUUUGUGGAUGCUAUGAUUGUGGAGGCAGAGAAAGAUAAAGAUAUUGUGAUAGUUCAUGCAGGAAUGGAAAUGGAACCACCGCUUCAACAAUUUCAGGAUAAGUUUCCAGACAAGUUCUUUGAUGUUGGGAUGGCCGAGCAGCAUGCAGUUACAUUUUCAGCCGGAUUGUCAUGUGGGGGAUUGAAGCCAUUUUGUGUAAUCCCAUCUGCCUUUCUACAGAGAGCUUAUGAUCAGGUUGUUCAUGAUGUAGAUCGACAAAGAAUACCAGUGCGGUUUGUCAUUACAAGUGCAGGAUUGGUGGGAUCUGAUGGCCCAGUGCACUGUGGUGCUUUUGAUAUAACCUUCAUGUCAUGUUUGCCAAACAUGAUUGUCAUGGCACCAUCUGAUGAGGAUGAGCUUAUUCAUAUGGUAGCAACUGCAUCCCUAAUUGAUGACAGGCCAGUUUGCUUCCGAUAUCCUAGAGGUGCAAUUGCUAGCAUGAAUGCUUCUCUGUCUGGUGGUGUUCCAAUUGAGAUUGGAAAAGGGAGAAUUCUUAAAGAAGGUAAUGAUAUUGCUUUGCUUGGUUACGGAUCGAUGGUUCAGAACUGCCUUAAAGCUGGAUCCCUUCUCUCGAAGCUUGGCAUCGAGGUGACCGUCGCUGAUGCAAGAUUUUGCAAACCACUUGACAUUAAGCUUGUUAGGAAGCUAUGUGAAAACCAUGCUUUUCUGAUCACUGUUGAAGAAGGUUCCAUCGGAGGAUUUGGAUCACAUGUUGCACAGUUCAUUUCACUUGAUGGGCAGCUAGAUGGAAGAACCAAGUGGCGGCCAAUUGUUUUACCAGACAACUACAUAGAGCACGCAUCGCCUAAGGAACAGAUUGCUGCUGCAGGGUUGACUGGACAUCACAUUGCUGCUACUGCAUUGAGCCUGCUUGGCCGAACCCGUGAAGCCCUUCUCCUGAUGUGCUAGGAUCUAUCUGGCUUCUGUUCAACAUGAUUGCCUUUGACUAUGUCCGUAAACAGAACAAAUGAGAAGCCUUUUGGUGGCACAUUUUUGUACAAGUUCCCCCUGUUUGUAUCCUUUUCCAGAUUGUGUAAAUAAUGCAAUUUGUGCAAAUAAGUUUCUCUGUGUUGAUGGCUACUACUACUAGCCAAUCUCUCUACCGUAUAAUGUCAAUGUGUCUUGGCAAAAGACUUGCUCCGAGAUGACAGUUUCACAUGCUUGUUGAGUCACCAGUGAAAGGAAUACCGAGAGGAUGAUCAAUGGUGAAUGUUCCUGGACGUGACUGUAGAACAAGAAUAUGGAUAAGAAUCUUGAAAUGUGUAUUCUUAUAGACCUUGGUGUUUCUAAUAGGUAUGUUUUAAUCAA